GGGCCCACAUCUGGUCGUAGCCGUCUCAGCAGAGAGACCGUCGACGUCGGUUUCAGCGAGUGCCGGUGUCCAGUUGGACCGAGAGAGGUUGACGUUAUCGAAGCGCGUGUGGAAGUCAUGGGGUGCGGGGUCGCUACCACCCUUUUGGGGCUCGCGUGUGUAGCUGUGUUCGUGGACGCUGUUUUGUUAGAUUCAGAACUAACCAAAGAAUUGGAGGAAGUUAUCAAAGGGGAAAACUUCGUUUUAUCCAUGAAACAUAUCAAGCCAAGGAAAAGAUCCAGAGGAGUAAUGGAAACGUUAUUUGCUGUUGAAUUUCCGGGAGCCAAACAUAAAUUUUCGCUGUUGCUAGAUAGAAAAGUCAACAAAGUGAUCGUGGAAACAUCUGAAAACAACAAGAAACGCUCCCAGUAUUUCAUCGUCGACUCCCUCCAUGAUGAAAGUGCAAUAAAGUCCCUUAUUCUUGCUGUGAAUCAAACGCAACCUGGCGCACAUGCUACUUUGUACCUGGAUUGUACUUCAUAUGGAAUGGUUGCUCUACCGGAAACUCUGAGGGAUAUGUUCAGCAGCAUGAAGCAUCCUAAAAUUGAAGUGUAUCACGAAAGAAGAUAUCCCGUGGAAAUCGACGGCCACAGAGACCUACGGAUGGUUUUGAGUAGAAACGAAUGCCCUCUGCCAUUGGACACUGGCAUCAGCAGUAAAUUCGAUGAGAUUUUCUCCGAUGACUUCCUCAGUAACGGACUCAGUGAUGAUCCAAAUAUAUUAGCUCAGCAAUCAUCGGUACCUUACAGAGGAGAUAUUCCUAUUCCUUUGAUGCCCACAUUAGAUGAUUCUGGAAUCCUCAAAGCUCUCAAUUCUCUCAUAACAGUCGUUAAUCUAGAAGUAAAAAGGUGCGAAGCUACAACACAAGCCCUUGAUCAUCUUCGAAGACUCAUUGAACAGUGCCAAGCCUGCAGGAAUCCCCCUCCCACUAUCGUUGCUACUUGUGAGAGUCACCCUCCAGGAUGUUAUCCAGGAGUCAGGUGCCGUAACACUCCCGCUGGACCUAUUUGUGGACCGUGUCCUCGAGGUUAUGUCGGAGACGGAUACCAAUGCACUCCCGGCAGAACCUGCGCAGAAGGUGCCUGUUUCCACGGAGUCCAAUGCCGCGACACAGACCACGGCGCAGAGUGCGGCCGAUGUCCACCAGGAUACGAAGGCAACGGCCAGGAAUGCAGAGAAACCUGCACAGAAUCAACCUGCCACCCAGGAGUCCAGUGCAGGGUGACUUCCAGAGGCCCGGAGUGUGGACCGUGCCCCCCAGGCUACGAAGGAGACGGCAGAACAUGCAGAAGAGGGUGCUCGCCCGAUACCUGCUACCCCGGGGUGCGAUGCAGGGUGACUUCUCGAGGUCCCGAAUGCGGACCAUGUCCUGCUGGGUAUGAAGGGGAUGGCCGCAACUGUAGGAGCGUGUGCAAUCCAGACAGCUGCUAUCCUGGAGUCCAGUGCAGACCAACUGCGAGAGGGCCGGAAUGCGGACCUUGUCCCAGCGGAAUGGAGGGGGAUGGUAGGACGUGCGUCAGGAGGAAUCCUUGCCAGUAUCCGAUCUGUGCUCCAGGAUGUGCCCCCACGUGGACGAAACCUCGUCUGUGAACGGGAUUUUGGAGGAUUCAAUAUCCCUCUGGAUGCAGAAUACCGACAUAUUUGACGUUUCGUAGACUUGUUCAUGCACUUACUAACUCUGCACUGAAUUACUUAAGUACAAAAUGCAUAAAAAUAAUUCAAUUCUGGGAUGCAGUAUCACUAACUCUUACACUGGCACACAAAUUAACGAAUAUACACUGCUCUUCACUGAAAAAAGUUUGGCAAUCCGAAACGUUUCGAAAUCCAACAGAAAUGAAAGAGUGUGAACUUUUACGGCCGGAGAUAACUGUGUGAAGGCUACUUUCCAGUUUUUUGGCCGUGGUCUGUAGGUUGUAAUGUCUAACCUUUUGUCUACAACUGCGUAGACAUUGUCAGAGGCAAUGAGGUGACGGUCGAACAGUGAGAACAACUCUAGCAUUUCGACCGUUACCUCGUCACAUUCGAUAAUGCCUAUCGCAGUAGUAGACGGAACGUUGAACAUAAAACCUGCAGACCACGGCCAAAAAUUCGGUGAAUAAUUUGUCGUUUACGAUAUAUCCAAUUCAGAAAUUUAAUGUUUCACAAUCGAUCAAAAUUUCAGCAAUUUUGGUAUUUUCAAAACUAAUCAUAAUCAUAAUCGUAAUCAUAAUCAUAAUCAUAAUCGUAAUCAUAAUCAUAAUCGUAGUCGUGAUCAUAAUCAUAAUGACAAUCUUUGAAAUCUUGAAAAUAUACGAGUAACUUGUAGUUUCACAGUUGUGAAAGGUCGUCAAUUCAAAGAUCUGUACAUAAACCUUAUUUUUUCUUCUCUAAAAAAGCGGUGGAUUUCGAAAAAAAGAAGGGUUGUUUUUUGCACUAGUUUGUAACAUCUGUUUCAAUAUCUUCUUGUAAGAUACAUUUUACACAAACUCGCUGAAUUUUUCUGAUGAAGUUGUUUCUGGAAAUUAAAUUGAAAAAAACACAAUGUCAAUAAUCCAAAUUGCAUCAAUCACUAGAAAGGAAAACAGAGGAACAUUAUGGGAUUAUGCAAAAAGUUGUAAUGACUGACUCAACUGUAAAACUGUGAAGAUGAAGAUGUUGGUUGACUGGAUAUAUACACAUAACGAUUCACAUCAGAUACAGAUAUUUGUACUAUGAACUUGUUGGUACCGAGAAAAGUGACGUCAUUUCAUUUAUAUAUAUCUUGAUUCCCUCGUAUUGAUAUGAAAUCUAUGACCAACAGAAAAUUGAAGAAACAACUUUUUCAUUGAAAUUCUAACAUUUUGAAGAGCGUACAUAUACAAUGCACAGACCCGAUUUGAGUUAACAAUUGUUAUGUUCAUAGCACAGUAGGUUGUAAAAUUUUACAGUAAAUAAAGUAUUUUGAAGUGAA